AUUGAGAAACGAAUAUGGCGGCCAUUGUAGAAGACCUGUCAUUUGAAGGCCCCUGGUUAUGAAGACAUACUUGUUAAGGAGACAUGGUAUCUCAUGUGAGACUACAGUACUACCAGCACCGCUACUGUUUGGUGUGUAUGACAGGUAGCUUGGGGUGUCGAUGGCAUCGCUACAAGCAGUCCACCCGGGACAGCAGAAAGAGGGACCUGGUCAUCUUCUCUCUGCUGUCGGCGACAUUUCUGUUUUGUAUAUUCCUGUUGUAUUGUAUAUUUGUGAUGAGAAACGACUUCAGUGAUCUGAACUGGUAUUUUUAUUCUCAAACCAAAAAAUGGCUUCCAGUCUACUCCAUCUUCCUGAUUGUUGUUUGUGUUGUGUUUUCCUAUUUAUUCAUUUUAAUGUGUUUAUCCCUGUGCCAUUUACUACAAGGACACCAGCUCUACACUCACAAGGUGCAUGCAGUGUUCAUUCUACUCUUCUUGGGAUUUUUCAUUUCUUUGGUAGUAACCAUUGAUGAAAUGUGGAGGGAGGAAUGGGCCAUAGUUUGGCUGUCACUCCAGAUAUUUGGUCCGUACCUUCAGGUAGGAGCUGUAGCUGUGAUGACUCUCAUGUCCUGGUUGAUUGCUAGGCAAUGGUUCACGUUGUCAUCUACAUAUGGACAGUUGUUGUGUCUGAUGGUUUACCUGGCUGUUAUGACUGGUCUGUAUGUAGCCCCGUUAUUCAUCAAUUCUCCGUGUGUUGUGCUGAUCUCCGAGCUGCCACCGCGACCCCGACUUCUCGCGCAUCGUGGCGCCUCAGCAAUUGCUCCAGAAAACACGUUAGCAUCAUUCCAUGUAGCCAAUCAGUAUAAUGUAGAGGGAUUUGAAGCUGAUGUUCGAAUUAGUUUGGAUGGUGUUCCAUUUCUUUUAUAUGAUUCCACAUUUCAAAGAACUACAAAUAUUGAACAAGUCUUUCCAAGUCUGGUGAAUCAAGAUGCAUCUUUUUUCAACAUGUCACAAAUAAAACAGCUUAAUGCUGGGCUGUGGUUUUUGGAGCACGAUCCAAUGUAUACUGUUGGUCAAGUUUCGGAGGAGAGGAAGUGGUUGUAUAGGAACCAGAGUGUGCCAACAUUACAGGAGUUAGUGGAGUAUACUAGUUCUACAAAUAAAACACUCAUGUUGGAUAUACGGAAUCCUCCUACUGGUCACCCAUACAGGGCCCUGACUGAAAACAACACCAUCGAGGUCAUACUACAGGGAGGACUAAGGCCGGACUCUGUCCUGUGGUUGACAGAUAGUGAAAAAGGGGCACCUGAAGGCUUUCACCCAGUGGCUGCUAACCGAUACUACCCCUCCAGUCACCUGCAUAGAAACAACAUAUCUAUGGUCAAUGUUAUGUUCAAUGUUUUGUCAUCUGAUAACAUACAAGAGUACAAAGCCAACAACAUCAGCGUGAACAUUCACACUGUGAACGAGGACUGGUUGUUCUCGCUGUACUGGUGCAUGGGAGUGUCGUCCGUAUCCACGAACAACUGUCAAUCAUUGUCCACUCUACAGACACCCAUAUUUCAUCUGUCACCUAGAAAUUAUUUGAUUCUGUGGAUGACCGUGGACAUCAUGUCAGCUCUUCUGGUCAUCACUGCAUUCAUUGUACAACGAAUUCUAUGGUCUGGGUCCGAAUAUAGUCCUGAACGAAUUGCAAUAAAUUCAGUGACUGGGAAUGGUAACGGCCCACACAAGUCCUCUAGAUCUUCACACCGACAAAGCAGACGACAAAUGAAAGAAAAACUGAUACUGAGAGAUGUAGCAGCAGACUUAUUCGAUGAGGACUCGGAAAACCCAAAGGAAUAUGGGAUAGAGAGUAACUACACAGUUCAGUCGACAGACGGACAAGAAAUGGUACGAUCAUUCCAAAAGGCAUCAGGCUAUCAAACAAAUGUUGACGUGGAGAUAAACCGAGUUGUCUGACGAUUCAGGUGAUACUGUUUAUCUUAGAGUAAAAUUGUUGUCAUAUUAAUUAUUUUUUAAUGAAUUAAACCAGUGACAGUGGUGAAAUCAAAACUUUUUUAUUCCAAAACCAAAAAAGGCAAAAUAUAAUUGAAAUUAAUCUGACCAAAUUACACAUGCUCAUGUUAAGAGAGAUAUGACACAAUACAUUUUUUGCAUAUUUGUGUCCAUUUUCUUGGGAGAUCUUUGACAGUCACUUAGUACGUUUAGUUUGAAUGCUUCACAUUUCUUUGAGUAGAGCUCAUUGUAAAUUCAUUAAGAUUUGCAUAUUGCUUAAUGCCAGAAAAUAGUAGUUGGUUUCAUGAAAAUGAUUUUUUACAGAAGAGAAAACAAAAAUGAAAUGUGGUUAAACAAAAGUGCUUUUAUUUUUAAGCUCUGUUUGGCACAAGGGGCAUUGCAGUAUAAGAGGACGCAAGUACAAAUGAGGUCACACUAUUGUUCUGUGUGCCUGGCACUUUAAAGUGGCUCUUGUUUUAGAGAGCCUGUUAUUGCUGUGUAGAAUUUUGUGUAUUUUUAUAUCUACAUUUUCACACUCAUCAAGGCGUGAUGCCUUGGUGUUUGAUAAAAAUUCCAGUUUCUACUCACAUAUCACGUUGUUAAACACCUCCCAACCCAGAGGAGAAGACAAAAUGAAAGUGUUCAGUAUGGAGCAGUGUGUUGUAGGGGGGGAAGGUGUAGGGAUAUCAAACUUUCAGUGUGAAUCGGUGUGUAGGGAUAUCAAACUUUCAGUGUGAAUCGGUGUGUAGGGUUAUCAAACCUUCAGUGUGAAUCGGUGUGUAGGGAUAUCAAACUCUCUGUGUGAAUUGGUGUGUAGAGAUAUCAAACUCUCUGUGUGAUUUGGUGUGUAGGGGGGAAGGUGUAUCAGACUGUUGUAUUGAUUUAUUUUAUGUGGCUGUUCUUGAAGCUGAGAGCUGAAUGGAGAGCUUUUUUUCUGUGAUGGUGUUUGUCAUAAUAUACUCAGGAAUAUGUUAGUCGGCAUUGUCGCUAUUUUGCCAUAAGUACAUAUAGGUUGGCUUAUUUUUCAUUGAAAAUGGCAUAUUAACAUACAAGGUUGCAAAUAUAAGUUUUUGAAUCAAAUUUAUUUCAAAUCAAUGCACUUAUUUAGUUUAUAUUGAGUUGAUUUUCAUUGUUUAGCAGGGCUCGAUAUUAACGCUUGUCUGUUAUCUGUGAUCUGCUUGUCCAGUACCCGUGAAAAAGAUUACUGGACAAGUUAAUAUUGCUAGGUACCUGUCCAACUGGACAAGGGAUUAUUCUAUGAAAAAGUUUCUUAAAAAAAAACAGAAAAGAAAAAUUAACAAUUGUUAUUCUUUUUAUCAAAGUUCGAAGUCAGAAGCAGUGUGUAAAUAGAUACCCUCGAUCCUGCUAUUGAUUGUCAAUGCGAGAUUGUCGAACACAUCUGGGAAUGAAGUUCACUACAUUUGUACAAUGUACUACUUUCAAUUUUGAUAUUGUAACAUGGAUCUUUCAAAGUUUUUCUUAUUUAUUUUGUUGGUUUUUUUCCCCAUCAUUUUUAAUUUUUUAUCAACCAGGACGGCUUGGUAAAAUUUUGUUUCAUGAUUUGUUUCCUGUGAUUAUGUGUUAAUAAAAUCACAAAUAAACAUAUUAUUUAUACUUUAAUUAAAUGCAGAAGUUUUAAAGUUUGAACAUGCAAGUAACUUUUAUGACCACUUGUCCAAAUGAACAAGUAGAAAAAAGAACUUGAUGUAGAGCCCUGUUUAUCAGAAUACAUUAUGCUGCCCUGCAAAGCUAGGCAAUACUUAAUUUAGUCGUUUGGUGUGUGUGUCUUCCAUUGUAACUUAGCAGCCAUUGACAUAUAUAUCAUGUUCCUUUGAACAUUUCCUGUCGGGUUGUACAUUUCCUGUCUGGUUGAACACUUCCUGUCGGGUUGAACACUUCCUGUCGGGUUGUAUAUGACAUGUAUGUUAUACUUUAUGUAAUUUUCUCUGUUUUGUAGUGAAGUAAUCGGAUAUCAGUUAUUGUAUCGCAGUAAUUUGUUAUACACUUAUGGUUCAUAUCACUAGUUAGAAACUAAACUUCCUAUUGUCGUCUGUAUGAAAUGUAUGGGGUUAUUGUUGGCUAUACAUCCAUUGUAUUAGUAUAUAUAUUUUUGUUAUUUUCAGGUGUGUUUUUCUGGUUAUUCUAUCCAAACUAUUUUUUGAUAUUUGUAUUAUUUCUGUUAGUAAUGGAAAUAAUUUGAUCUACUGCAGAAUAUGCAUUGCGUGAGUUACUUUCUUACUGUGUAAGAGAAUUAUUUAAAUGCAAAUGAAAUAUCUAGUACAUGAUCUAUAAAAGUACCAAAACAAAAGGUGAAUCAUACCCAGAAACACACACACAUACGCUGUGAAUCAUUCACAAACACAUUUCUUUAUCUAUACGUACCAAACAAAGGUAAAACACCCAUAGAAAUGCGCAACCACACACAUCUCUGCAUUCUUAGAAAACAGUCAUUCAAAUGUCAAUCUGAUUAAAAUACCGAUUUCUCGAAUAGUACAUAGCUUGUGUGCUGUGUGAGAGAUAUGUAUUUAAUCAGGUUGUUCAAAUGUUUCACUUUCACAAGAAAUUGAAGACUUAGUUCUUGCAGAGUUACUGUUACUGAUUAUUGAAUACAUACAUGACUGAAGAGUUGCAGUAAAUAUGGACUGUUUAUUUUAUUGAGUUUGAAGACUACAUGGUCGACCGUGCCGAUUUUAUGGGCCAUAUUUCACUUAUGAACAAUUUGUUCUGAAUCAGAGAUAAAAUAUUUUUAAUGGGAGUAGAAAUGGCUGUCUUGGCUAUUGAAGGUUGGAGUAGGGGUGUGAUCCUGGAGUAGGGGUGUGAUCCUGGGGUGUGAUCCUGGAGUAGGGUGUGAACCGUCAUACUUCACACGGUCAUGGGCUGCUCUUCACAUACAAACCCUUCACAAACAUUAUUAUUGAAAAAAUCGGACUUGGACUUGUGUAAUUUCAUGAAAAUAAACCAUCCAAUGAAAUGCUUGUUCUGAUCAUAAUGCGGAUAAAGCAGUGGCUAUGUCACAAUAGACAGAAGCGUAACUUGCAAGCUGUUGUUGUGUAUUGUCUUAACUUGUUAACUUAGAGGUCACUAGUUUGGCAAACCAACGGAGAUCAAGUGACGACUGAAACAUUACUUAAAAACUCAAACUGUCAACAACAAAAAAUCAGAGGUUUGAUCAUAAAUCUGUUUAAUUGCACAGUUUCGCAAAACAAACCAGGUUUUAAAAAGGUAAUAGAGUGAAACGGGUCAUUGCCAGGAUGCCCGAAAUAAGAGCGCCCAAUGGCUGAUUGGUUCUACUUGCUCUCUCGGAACCAAUCAAAUUUCAAGUCCAAUUUAGGAAGUAGUGACGUUUGUUGGGGGUUUGUACUCUAAGCGCAAAGCCUUGACGGUGUAAAAAUGGUGGGAACCAGGAAUAUGGUUUCUGUGCUGAGUGGGAAUGUUUGAGGCUGUUUUAUUCUAACUUUAAUAGUUGCAGUAGCUUUGAAUAUGGAACCGGAGUUGCUAUGAUAUAUUGCAUUUGGUUGUACAUUGUUUUUAGCGCAUUUGGCAAAAUUGGACUUUGUUACAUUAAGUACACGGCUAAAUUAUUAUCGAUACAUAUCUUUGGGCUGCAGUAUGAAGCGCCAAAUCCGCACUAAAUUACAGAGACUUUUCCCCCUUAAUAUCUUUCUUGAGAAAUGUGAGAUAUUGAAGAGCAUUUUUGUUGUGAUAUUGUUCAUAAUGUAGAAGCACAGACACUCCAGUGACAAGAGGAAUUAUUGAUUUUAAUUCUUUAUAUUUCAAAGACAAUGGGUGUUUUUAGAGAAAAAAUGUCAUGCAAGUUAAAAGUAAACUGCAACAGUGAGAUUUCUUGGAUCAAACACAUGAGUUAUAAAUCUAUGUAUAAAAAAGGAAAAAAUUAACAAGAAGAGAGUUGAGUGGGGCGAGCCAUUUAGAAUGAUUCAUAUGACCUUGUCUUUAUGAAACUUUUUUGUUAUCUUGGCAUAAUUUAUUUUAGAUGUAGACUCUUGUUUUAAUGGGAAUGUAUUAAAAAUGCCCUGAAAAUUGAUAUUUUGUACUUUGUUUUAAGUUAUUUGAAAUGGCUGUAUUUUUUAUUAAUAGCUGUAUUUUUGUACAGAGUCGCAUACUUUGCAUUGUCCAAGUUGAAUUUGUUGCAAUUUUCCACAGAAAUAAAUUAUUUAAAAUAAUA